AUGCACACCGACAGCUCCGGUCCUGGUCUAGGCAAGCGCGCUGCAGAGGCAGAGUCAGUCGCCGAUGUCAUCAACCAAACUUCCUCGAAGAUGUUUGGUUCAAGUAGCGGUACACCUGCAGCUGUGCCUCAGGUCACGGAUGCCGAGGCAAGGCUCGAAGCACUCGAGAAUUACCGGCCGGUGCUACCACAGACGACAUUUCCGACGCUGCAGAUGCCACAGGCAGGGGGUGCCCGUGCUAAGCAGCCCAGAAAGGAUAGCGGGUCAUCCAGUUCAUCAAAGAAGAACAAGAAGUCAGACAAGGCUGUAUACGAAAAGCUCACCUCUCUCGGGUCGCUGCUGAUACACCCGGGAGGGUUGCUCAGAAAGGGAGAUGGUGCACCUGCGACGGACCUACGAGUCACUGAGCACCCGUCUGUGGAUCAGCAAGAGGAGCUUGGAGAGUAUGGGAUGUUCCUUACUGAAGAUCCUGAACAUCAGGACGGCCAUCUUCACUUCAACCAGACCUGGUCUCCUGAAGCUGUGGAUGUGUGGGUGCGCCGUCUAGCUCCCAAGCUGUUCGCCUACAUGGACGCCCGCUAUGGUGUUCGCAUGGGGCCGGGCCGCGAAGAGUUUCACUGGGUUCUUGCGCGUCGUAACCGUGGCAUGCUCGUGCGGGUGAGGAAGCCCACGGCGGUCAAUGGUGCUGACUUGCAUCGGGUCAGAGGUACCGGACGGAGUGUCAAUCACUACGCCAUUUUUCUCGUGACACGGGACUAUAUCCCACCCGCAAUCUAUCGUGACUUCGACGAGGCUACAGCAGGCAUCCUGGAUGGCACGCUGAACCUGAACGACCCAAGGUUCUCUGACAGACCUGGAGAGGACUCACCGCAAUCUGAGCCCGAUGUUCUUGACGAGGACAAGGCGGCCGAGAUGCUGUACGAGGAGAGCAGCUCUAGUUCUUCUUCCGAGGAUGAAGAUCCGACGACCAGGAACUCAAAUGCUAGAUACGGUGGACUCCCGGUCCCGCGUCCAGCCACGCCGCAGCGUCAGAGUGCGCCCAUGCCGAAGGGAAAAGGAAAGGCAAGGGCAAUCAUCCUGAGUAGUGAUGAGGAGACUGUCGAGCAGCGUGGGCCGCUGACGCGCGCACGCGCUGCUAAGACUGUACCAGUGAGGGCCACUGUUGGUCAAGGAGGCGAGCCGUCGCGGAAGCGUGCACGAUCUGAGAGCACUGGAAGGGAUGUGGACGGCGAGUCGGCGAAGGCUAAGCGAGUGCGCUUGGAGGCUCCAGCCCACGAUAUAUUUGAAGCUGAGAUGGACGAUGAUGAGAAGUAUGAAGAGCUCGAUGUAGCAAGCAACCUCUGGCCGGACGAUAUGACGCCGUCCUCACCGGCGCCUCCGACACUCCCACCCUUUACCUCGACCACGACCAUCUCGCCGCCCGUCGCCUCCUCCAGCACGUCUGCCGCUACACACACGUCCCCUCACGCUUCCCCAGUUCCGUCUCCCACCCGUCUCGCUCCUGCAGCUCCUGCCACGCCUCUUCCUUCCUCGUCUGGUGCUGGUACCUCUCGUGCUCUCAGCGGUGGCACCCGGGAAUCGCUGUCUCCCAUGAGCAAGUAUUAUCUUGACCGCGCUGCAAGAGGCCUGCGAUCGCCCGGGAAGCUCAAGCGGAGCCUGUGGGAUUAG